CCCCACCAUCCAAAAGUACCGUGCCCAUCGCUGCCAAAAAUGGAGAACGAUAAGGGAACUCUCGUUGAUCUUUACGUGCCCCGGAAAUGCUCCGUCACCAACCGCCUUAUCAUCGCUAAGGACUACGCAUCCGUACAAAUCUCGGUCUGCGACGUCGAUGCCGAGGGCAAGGCGCUGCCUACGUCCACAACCUUUGCUAUCUCUGGCGAUGUGCGCUCUAUGGGCGAGUCAGACGAUUCCAUCAACAGGCUGGCGACCAAGGCUGGACUGUUGAAGAACGUCUGGUCAUACUCGAAGUAGAGGGUGCUAGAGGUGCAUGUGUUGGGCUUGUCUCCUUUGACCUCUGUAUUUUUCCCUGGCGGCGUCAUGCGCAAGGUAAUAUGACGACGUUUACAUGCGAAUUCUGUGCACCAACCGCCUGUCACUGUUCCAUGAACCGCGGGUGCCCGUGAGGAAUAUGUGUAUGCGGUUAAAGUGAUAGUAUCUGAGGUGCUGUAUUUGGGAGUCCGUGGAUUUUA